CAGCUUGAAGAAGAGUCUACCGUCCUUAUUGAUCCUUUUUCUUGGCGUUACCAUUUUUGAAGCAAAGUUAACCUAACUUUCUAGUGUGAGCUUUCUUUUUGGCCAUCUUAAAAAAAAUUUUUUUUUAAUCUGUACAAUAGACAAGAGAUAGUUCUACAAUGUCCAAGUCAUUCCAGCAGUCAUCUCUCGGUAGGGACUCACAGGGUCAUGGGCGUGACCUGUCUGCAGCAGGAAUAGGCCUUCUUGCUGCUGCUACCCAGUCUUUAAGUAUGCCAGCAUCUCUUGGAAGGAUGAACCAGGGUACUGCACGCCUUGCUAGUUUAAUGAAUCUUGGAAUGAGUUCUUCAUUGAAUCAACAAGGAGCUCAUAGUGCACUGUCUUCUGCUAGUACUUCUUCCCAUAAUUUGCAGUCUAUAUUUAACAUUGGAAGUAGAGGUCCACUCCCUUUAUCUUCUCAACACCGUGGAGAUGCAGACCAGGCCAGUAAUAUUUUGGCCAGCUUUGGUCUGUCUGCUAGAGACUUAGAUGAACUGAGUCGUUAUCCAGAGGACAAGAUUACUCCUGAGAAUCUGCCCCAAAUCCUUCUACAGCUUAAAAGGAGGAGAACUGAAGAAGGCCCUACAUUGAGUUAUGGUAGAGAUGGCAGAUCUGCUACACGGGAGCCACCAUACAGAGUACCUAGGGAUGAUUGGGAAGAAAAAAGGCACUUUAGAAGAGAUAGUUUUGAUGAUCGUGGUCCUAGUCUCAACCCAGUGCUUGAUUAUGACCAUGGAAGUCGUUCCCAAGAAUCUGGUUAUUAUGACAGAAUGGAUUAUGAAGAUGACAGAUUAAGAGAUGGAGAAAGGUGUAGGGAUGAUUCUUUUUUUGGUGAGACCUCGCAUAACUAUCAUAAAUUUGACAGUGAGUAUGAGAGAAUGGGACGUGGUCCUGGCCCCUUACAAGAGAGAUCUCUCUUUGAGAAAAAGAGAGGCGCUCCUCCAAGUAGCAAUAUUGAAGACUUCCAUGGACUCUUACCGAAGGGUUAUCCCCAUCUGUGCUCUAUAUGUGAUUUGCCAGUGCAUUCUAAUAAGGAGUGGAGUCAACAUAUCAAUGGAGCAAGUCACAGCCGCAGAUGCCAGCUGCUUCUUGAAAUCUACCCUGAAUGGAAUCCUGACAAUGAUACGGGACAUACCAUGGGUGAUCCAUUUAUGUUGCAGCAGUCUACAAACCCAGCACCAGGAAUUCUGGGACCUCCACCUCCUUCAUUUCAUCUUGGGGGACCAGCAGUUGGACCAAGAGGAAAUCUGGGUGCCGGAAAUGGAAACCUGCAAGGACCAAGACACAUGCAGAAAGGCAGAGUGGAAACUAGCCGAGUUGUUCAUAUCAUGGAUUUUCAGCGAGGGAAAAACCUGAGGUACCAACUUUUACAGCUGGUGGAGCCAUUUGGAGUCAUUUCAAAUCAUCUGAUUCUAAAUAAAAUGAAUGAGGCAUUUAUUGAAAUGUCAACCACAGAAGAUGCUCAGGCUGCAGUGGAUUAUUACACAACUACACCAGCAUUAGUAUUUGGGAAGCCAGUGAGAGUUCAUUUGUCACAGAAGUAUAAAAGAAUAAAGAAACCCGAAGGAAAGCCAGAUCAGAAGUUUGAUCAAAAGCAAGAGCUUGGACGUGUGAUACAUCUCAGCAAUUUACCCCAUUCUGGUUAUUCUGACAGUGCUGUCCUCAAACUUGCAGAACCUUAUGGGAAAAUAAAGAAUUACAUCUUGAUGAGAAUGAAAAGUCAGGCCUUUAUUGAGAUGGAGACCAGAGAAGAUGCAAUGGCAAUGGUUGAUCAAUGCUUGAAAAAGGCUCUGUGGUUUCAAGGAAGAUGUGUGAAGGUUGACCUGUCUGAAAAAUACAAAAAAUUGGUACUGAGGAUUCCCAACAGAGGCAUUGACUUACUGAAAAAAGAUAAAUCUCGAAAAAGAUCUUAUUCUCCCGAUGGUAAAGAAUCUCCAAGUGAUAAGAAGUCCAAAACUGAUGGUUCCCAGAAGAAUGAAAGUCCAGCUGAAGGCAAAGAACAAGAGGAGAAGUCAGGUGAAGAUUGUGAGAAAGAUACCAAGGAUGACCAGACAGAGCAAGAACCUAGCAUGCUUCUUGAAUCUGAAGAUGAGCUACUUGUAGAUGAAGAAGAAGCAGCCGCACUGCUAGAAAGUGGCAGUUCAGUGGGGGAUGAGACUGAUCUUGCUAAUUUAGGUGAUGUGGCUUCUGAUGGGAAAAAGGACCCUUCGGACAAAACUGUGAAAAAAGAUGGAAGUUCUUCAGCAAAGAAAAGACUUAAAAAGCGUCGUUUCCCAGGGAGUAUGGAAGGUUUUGUCACUCUAGAUGAGGUUGGUGAUGAGGAAGAUUCGGAACUUCAGAAACUUCGUAAAUCGGGCAUGGCAUUUAAAUCUGGUGACAAAAAUUAUGAUGGUUUGGUUGAAAUUAAGGUGGACAAGAUCGAGGAACUUGAUCAAGAAAAUGAGGCAGCGUUGGAAAAUGGAAUUAAAAACGAGGAAAGUACAGAGACAGGCGCUGAAUCUGCUGAGAAUGCUGAUGAUCCCAACAAAGAUACAAAUGAAAAUGCUGAUGGCCAAAGUGAUGAAAACAAGGAGGAUUAUACAGAAGAGCGCAGACAGAAGAAGGAGGCUUAA